AUGGCGGGCGCGCCGGGCGCCUUCAGCCUGCGGGAGGUCCUCGCCGCCUUCCAGACGUGCGUGACGGAGCGGCGGGAGGUGCUGCUGGGCCCCUACCUGUGCGGCUGGCGGGGGCUCGUCCGGUUCCUGCACAGCCUGGGCGCCAUCUUCUCCUUCAUCUCCAAGGACGCGGUGGCCAAGGUACAGAUCAUGGAGAACUACUGCCGCGGCGAGCAGCGGGAGAAGUACGUGUCGCUGCAGUCCAUGGUGGAGUACGAGCUGGCCAACGGGCUGGUGGAUGUCCAGAAGAGGUCGGGGCACCCCGACUCUGGCUGCCGCACCGUCCUGCGCCUCCACAGGGCCCUGCGCUGGCUGCAGCUCUUCCUGGAGGGGCUGAGAACCGGCCGGGAGGACUCCCGGACGUCUGUCAUCUGCACGGACUCCUACAACGCUUCCCUGGCUACCUACCACCCCUGGGUUGUUCGCAAGGCUGCCACGGUGGCCUUCUGCACGCUACCGCCACGGAACGCCUUCCUUGAAAUCAUGAACGUGGGCACGCCCGAGGAAGCUGUUGCUAUGCUGGGUGAGGCCUUACCCUAUAUCUGCGAAGUCUAUGGCAUCACCCAGGAGCUCUUUGCCCAGCAUAAGCUGCUUGACCUUCCUUGACAGGAGGGAUGUUAAAGAGCCACACCACAUUCCGACAGAAGUAGGAUGAACUGGGUGAAAACUGUGUGCUUUCACAUACGCACAAGCAUCUGGUUCUCUGUGGUCACUCUCCCUUUCCUUUUCCAGUACGGAGCUGACAAGUUGGCAAAGCUAUUCAGGAUGCCUCACUUUAUAAGAGAAAAAAAAUGUACCAAUUUUUUUUGUAUGUAGAGCCCCAGCUCUACAGUAAGAAAAAAACCACUACUAGCAUGCUGUCCUGGUUUCGGCUGGGAUAGAGUUAAUUUUCUUUUUAGUGGCUGGUAUAGUGCUGUUGAUAA